AUGGCGGCGCUAUCCGGUGGAGAGACAUGCAUCAAGUAUUUGAUGUUUGCGUUUAACCUGGUUUUCUGGCUAGCAGGCACUGCCGUCUUUGCCAUCGGCCUGUGGUUGAGAUUAGACCCCAAGACCAAAGGCCUGUUUGAAGGAACAGACUCUCCAUACGUGUUUUACACCGGUGUGUACAUCCUGAUCGGAGCUGGGGCUCUAAUGAUGGUGGUAGGAUUUCUGGGAUGUUGUGGUGCCAUACAGGAGUCUCCCUGCAUGCUUGGACUGUUUUUCUUCUUCCUGCUUAUCAUUUUUGCCAUUGAAGUUGCUGCUGGCAUCUGGGGAUUCUCCAACCAGAGCAAGGUCGUGGAUGACAUCAAUACAUUCUAUAGGCAAACCUACAAUAAAUACCUGGAAAACAAGGACGACCGAUUGAGAGAGACUCUGCGUGUGAUUCAAACAGGCCUUAACUGUUGCGGUCCAACUGGUACUGUGGCCGAUGCUGCCAAAGACACUUGUCCUCCAGGAGAGAUACUUGAGGAGCUCAUCACCAAGAGCUGCCCCGAUGCCAUUGAUGACGUGUUCAACUCCAAAUUGCACAUCAUAGGAGGAGUAGGAAUAACUAUCGGGGUCAUUAUGGUGUUUGGAAUGAUCUUUAGCAUGCUACUGUGCUGCGCCAUCAGGAAGUCUCGGGAAGUAGUGUGA